GAUUAAGUAGCAACUCUACUAUAAAUGGUCCAUGGAAAUUUGGGAAUAGUCGGAAUAUCACCAUCCGCUCAAUUCGGUUGAGUUCUUUGGUCUGACGCAAGUGACGCAGGACCGAAAAGAACUGGAAUGGCCUGCAGGGCAGUUAGAAAUAUGCCCAAAUCUAACCUGCAGAGUUUAUCGUUCGUUGUAACCUGUUUGCUGCCGGUGGCUUCUCAUGGGCUGGCUGUAAACCUGGCCAGUUCCACCAGAUGCUUGCACAUCCCCAAGACGAUGGCCCUGUGCUACGACAUCGGAUAUACCGAGAUGAGAAUCCCGAAUUUACUAGGGCACGAAACACUGCCUGAAGUCAUCCAGCAAUCCACCAGCUGGUUACCUUUACUGGCCAGAGAAUGUCAUCCAGACGCCAGGAUCUUCCUCUGUUCGCUUAUUGCACCCGUUUGCUUAGACAGGUUCAUACAACCCUGUCGCAGCCUCUGUGUAUCAGUGAGGAACAGCUGUGCUCCCAUCAUGGCAUGCUAUGGCUAUCCAUGGCCAGAAAUACUGAACUGCAACAAGUUUCCCGCUGACCAUGGAAUGUGCAUCUCUACCAUCAGCAACAAGACAGCAUCACAUAGAAGCACAGUGCCUCAAGCAAGCUGUCAAGACUGCGAAUUAGAAGAAACGACCUCGGCAAAACAAAUACUCAAUACGUUUUGUUCACAUGAUUUUGCAGUAAAAAUCAGAAUUUCAAAGAGAAACACAAGUUUUACCAAGAUCUCAGAUUUUGAGAUGGACAGCAAAUUGGAGGUCUUCAAGCACGGACCCCUCCUCAAGACAGAGAUCCAUCCCAGGCUUCAGCAUUGGCUUGACUUGGAUGCCACUUGUGUCCAGAACAUGACGCGAGGCAACCGUACAGGAACUUUUGUGAUUGUGGGACGAAUUCAGAAUGGCAAAAUUUCAGUGUACAAGGUGUUCUUGUGGCAAAAGCGCGACAAAAAUCUCAUGCAUGCUGUUAGAAAGUGGAAACACUACAGAUGCCGCACGCAAUACUGAGAUAGAAAAUUAUAUUUGUAAAUAUGUAUUAUUAAGCAACUGUAAAGACCCUAUAAAGUACUUUAUCUUUUUUCAGUGCUGACUGCAUUCUUAAUAGCAAAUUUAGAUCAAGAGUGAGAAAUUUAGAACUGAGGCAGGAAGUGAUCUCUAUGAAGGCAUUUCUACACAAGUGCUGAACUGUCAGACAAGGUGGAGUCUUUUACAGACAUGAAGUUUGCAAUUUUCAUUAACAAAGGAAUAUAUACUUAUUCACAGCCCAUCUGCUAUCUGUGCGUAC